CCUGCCCCGGCUGCUCCCGCCUCCCGCCGCCCCGCGCCAGCCCAGGAGCCAUGGGGCGCUGGGCCUGGGUCCCCAGCCCCUGCCCCCCGCCGGGGCUGCACCUGCUCCUGCUGCUGCUGCUGUCGGCUCCCCGCGGGGCCCAGCCCCGGGCCGCCAGGAACCUUACAGAACCUCCAGGGCCUAACGCCACGGUGGCCCCUGGGGCCCUCUCGACGUCAGUGACCCCUGCGACCCUGGUGACACCUGUGACCCCAGCCACACUCUCUCCAGGGGCCGAGGUGGGGGGUCCUCAGCCCAGGCCGGCUUCCACAGGCAGCCUGGGGGGCCAAGUGCUCACGGAGGAUGGGCGGCCCUGCCGGUUCCCCUUCCGCUAUGGCGGCCGCAUGCGCCACACCUGCACCUCGGACGGGAGCAGCCACAGGAAGUGGUGCGCCACGACUCACAACUACGACCGGGACAGAGCCUGGGGUUACUGCUCAGCAGUCACCACGCCUCAGGGGGGGCCAGGCACGCUGGACCCCUGCGCCUCCGGGCCCUGCCUCCACGGGGGCUCCUGCUCCAACGCCCCGGACCACGGGUCCUACCACUGCGCCUGCCCCGAGGCCUUCACCGGCAAGGACUGCGGCACCGAGAAAUGCUUCGACGAGACGCGCUACGAGUACCUGGAGCGGGGGCGACCGCUGGGCCCGCGUGCACCAGGGCCGCGUGGAGCAGUGCGUCUGCGAGGGCGGCAGGCCCGGUGCCAGAGCGCCCGCCACACAGCCUGCCUGAGCGACCCCUGCCUGCACGGGGGCGCCUGCCACCUGGUCGUGGCCACGGCUCCACCGUCUGCGCCUGUCCGCCGGGCCGCGCCGGGCGCCUCUGCAAACAUCGUGCCCGCCGAGCGCUGCUUUCGUGGGGAACGGCUCCGAGUACCGCGGGCGUGGCCCGCACGGCGCCUCGGGCCUGGGCUGCCUGCCCUGGAACUCCGACCUGCUCUACCAGGGCUGCACGUGGACUCGGAACCCCGACAAGGACGAGCGACCGUGGUGCUACGUGGUGAAGGACAACACGCUGUCCUGGGAGUAUUGCCGCCUGGCCCCUGCGAAACCCUUGCCAGGGCCCAUCCCCCGCCCACCGAGGUCCUGCUGGCCCAGGCCGAGCCCACCCCCGUCGUCCCCCGCACCUGCGGCCGGAGACACAAGAAGCGGAGCUUCCUGCGGCCGCGCAUCAUCGGCGGCUCUCUCCGCCCGGCCCAUCCCUGGCUCGCCGCGCUCUACAUCGGGAACAACUUCUGCGCCGGGACCCUCAUCCACACUUGCUGGGUGGUGUCUGCCGCCCACUGCUUCUCCAACAGCCCCUCCAGGGAAAGCGUCUUGGUGGUGCUGGGCCAGCACUUCUUCAACCGCACCACGGACGUGACGCAGGCGUUUGGCAUCGAGAAGUACAUCCCGUACCCCAUGUACUCCGUGUACAACCCCCGCAACCACGACCUUGCCCUGAUCCGGCUGAAGAAGAAGGGGGAGCGCUGCGCCGUCCGCUCCCAGUUCGUCCAGCCCAUCUGCCUGCCCGAGCCGGGCAGCUCCUUCCCCACUGGGCACAAGUGCCAGAUUGCAGGCUGGGGCCACAUGGACGAGAACGCCGAGGACUACGCCAGCCUCCUGCGCGAGGCGCUGGUGCCACUCGUGGCCGACCACAAGUGCAGCAGCCCCGAGGUGUACGGCGCCGACGUCAGCGCCAACAUGCUGUGCGCCGGCUACUUCGACUGCAAGUCGGACGCCUGCCAGGGGGACUCGGGCGGGCCCCUGGCUUGCGAGAAGAACGGCGUGGCUUACCUGUACGGCAUCAUCAGCUGGGGCGACGGCUGCGGGCGGCUCAACAAGCCGGGCGUCUACACCCGCGUGGCCAACUAUGUGGACUGGCUCAACGACCGCAUGCGGCUCCCCAAGCGGCUCACAGCCCCCUCCUGAGACCCCGGGGUGGGCAGUGGCUUCCCGCUGUUUCCUCCUUCCUGGCUGUGCCGACAAUAAAGUUGUCCCGGGGCCGGGCCGUGCCC